AGUCCUGCCCUACUCCUCGCCAUGUUCAUCGCACUGGUCUUGAAUGUCCUGGGCCACGUUACCCGGCCAUGGUGUAAUGCGGUUCUAGAACUCUUGAAUCUUCUCCUAAAGACCACGCUCGGGAACGCCUCAGAAGGACAUUAUGGGUCGAAGGGAUACAUUCCUCGUGAUAUUCGUUCUGUACAGAAGAAAUUCGAUCUGGAAGCCAUUACAAAAAUGUUCGCUACCUGCACCAGAUGCUUGUGUACUUACCCACCAGAC